AUGCCUAGCGGCUAUCGGGAUGUGAAAGUGAACCCCGUUGUCAAUGGUCAUCUUUGUGAGAUCCAGUUGCACCUCCGCGAGUUCUUCGAACUGAAGGAUGGCCAACACACGGUGUACGAAUGGGCGCGGGAGCUACGAGUAACUACCGAGACCGAUCCUAGAUACUUGUUCGACGACCUUUCUAGCGAAACCCUCGAGGAAAUGAUCAGGCUGGCCGAGGUGAAUUGGGCGGGAGCCGAGCACGUCCUCCCAUCCCUGCAGCUCUAUAUGGGGAACUAUGUCGAGGCUGAGGAGGCCUUCAGAAAGCUACUCGCCGAAGCGAAAGAACAGAUGCAAGGAGGGGAGACCAACAGCGAGGAAUGGAGGAACUCGUUGCUGAAUGAAGCUCAAGCAAGCACCAAUCUCGGACUCGCUUCACAGCUGCAGGGCCAGUAUUCGAAGGCAGCUCUACUGCUCCAGCGCUCCUUGAAGAUCAGGGAGGAUCUUCUCGGCAAAGAUCAUCCGGAUGUUGCAAGGUCGCUACAGGACCACGCAGAUCUUUUGACAGAACAGGGCAAGUUUGACGAAGCGAUGCCGUUGUUCACGAAGUCGAUGGCAAUCCGCGAAAAGGCACUCGGCCCUGGCCACCCUGAAGUGGGGGCAUCGCUCAUCAGUACGGCGCUCUUGCUAGAUAGCCAGGCUGAGCACGAGAAAGCCUACGUGCUCCACCGGAAAGCAGUGGACAUUUUCGAAAAAGUACUCAGCGCAGACCAUCCGUUCGUCGCGAUGGCGCACAUCAACCGCGCUGUGGCGCUUGACAAUCAGGGUAAGUACGAGGAAGCCGACGCCUUGCUUGCUUGCGCGCAAGGCACUUUGCGAGCUGCUCAUGGGUCGGAACACCCGAUGCUGGUACGCACGGAGAAUAUCAGGGCGAAGUUCUUGGCGCGACAGGGCAAGUACGACGAGGCUGAGCAGGUGUAUCGGGAAACGGUGGCGAAGAUGGAGAGUGUCCUCGGGUGUGACCACCCCACUGUGGCAAUAGCCCUCGCGGGUUGGGCGGCAGUACUUUCGAUCCAGGGAAACUACGAAGAAGCCGACGGCAUACUGCAGAAGGCGCUGGAGAUAUUCGAGAUGCGUGUCAGCAACAAACACCCGGGUUUCGCCGCUAUUCUCCACAACGUCGCCAAAGUACGCGAGCAGCAGGACAACUUUGCGGAAGCUGGGCGUGUUUAUGAGCGGGCGCAAGCCAUCAUGAGUGCUACACUUGGGGAGAACCACCCUUCGUUUGCACGGACACUCAACAAUCGAGCGAUGCUACUUCAAAAGCAGGGCCACUACACCGAAGCGAAAGAAUUAAUUCUGAAGUCCGUGGAGAUUUUGGAAGGAGCUCUCGGGCCAAGUCACCCAGAGGUUGCUGAAGGACUCGACAACCUUGCUGGUGUACUAGGACGCCAGGACAACUACGAGCAGGCAAAUCCUCUGUACCGGCGGGCUCUCCCAAUGCUUGAGAAGGCUUACGGGCCGGACCACGAAAGAGUGACUGCCGCACUCAACAACUGGGCUUGGCUGUUGACACAGCAGGGCAAGUACGACGAGGCGGGUCCCCUGUAUCGUCGCGCCCUCGCCAGCGAUGAGAAAACUCUCGGCCGCGAUCAUCCGACCGUCGCGAAGGAUCUAAGCAACCUAGGAGUCUCGAUGACAAAGCAGGGUCAUUAUCUCGACGAAGCAAACUCUCUUUUGGGGCGAUCCCUGGCAAUCCGGCAAAAGGCUCUAGGACCAGAUCACUUGCAUGUGGCUCAGACACUCCACAACCGAGCAGGUCUCAUGUACAAAAUGGGUAAUUUCGAGGAGGCAGACUGUCAUUUUGAGCAGUGCCUGGCGAUAAAAGUAAGGGCUCGGGGGCCACGUCAUCCCGACGUUGCCGUUUCGCUGCACGACUGGGCGGUCAUGCUGUACAUGAAGAGUGAGUUCGAGGAGGCGGAGUAUCUCCUGCAGAAGUCCCUGUCGAUCAGGGAGGAGGUUCUGGGUUCGGAUCACCCCGAUGUUGCACAGUCGCUCAACAGCAUGGCGGGAGUGUUCUACACGCAGGGGAGGUAUGACGAGGCGAUCCAGUUGUACGCCCGUUCGCAUGAGAUCCGUGAGAACCUUCUAGGCCACGACCAUCCAAAGGUGGCCACGUCAUUCCACACCCGGGCGAGGUUGCUAGAUAACGCAAAGAUGAAUGAUGCGGCUGCGGCGCUUUUUGAGUCAGCCUUGGAAAUCCGGACGAGGAUUCUGGGAGCUGAUCACAAGGACACGGUGGAGUCUCGAGCAGGACUCGCAACAUGUCGACAACAAAAGCAGAAAAUGACAACUAAAAAACAAACACAGGGCUAAUCCCCCUCCCCGGGCUUCGUACGACUCUGUGGAGAGGGGAUCGCCGGCGCGACGUGAACGUGUGAGCUGCCAUGGCGGACAAUCUGCCCGAGCAAAGGUCUUGACGGAUACCUGGGAAGUCGAACGCACCAGUAGACAACGACGACGAUGGCGACCGAAAAGAGAGAUACACGCCCCACACGUACCAGUAUAUACUAGGGUGGGGUGGUGGUCUCGAAGGUAGAGUGAGUCGGCACUCG